AUGCGAGGUGUCGAUGCUAUUCUUCCCACGAUAGACGACUUCUGUGAAGCGAUAUCUAGCCGCGGCUCGCCCCUUCUACGUUGUUGGGGCUUCCUCGGUGGCACAAUCCGAAAAAUCUGCAGUUCUGGUCGUUGGCAACGUCUUUACUACAAUGGAUGGAAACGUCUCCAUGCCCUCAAGUAUCAGGCAGUAGAUUCUCCGGACGGUUUCCUUCGCCAGCUUUGGGGUCCUGCCCUCGGUCGCCCCCACGAUGUAGCGCAACUCGGGGAGAGCGACCUGCUUGCUGUGUUGAUGCAAUCGUUCAAUGAAGGGGCAGCAAACGUGGAACUGAAGCCACCAAAGUGUAAAGUACAUCUGUCCACGACAGGAUUCGCAAUGGGGUGGGGUUACACCAAUCACACCUCGUACGUACGAUUCCCACGAUAGCAGCCCAGGCUGCGCAC